UUAAGUUUACUGGCAGUUCAGUUUUGAUGGCAAUUCUCACGACUGACGCAUGCGCGGAUUGUCUGUUAAUAAAUGUGUAUAUUAAAGGAAAGAGUAGUUAUAAGUCAAUCUUUUGUAAAACAAAAUUCAAUUGAGGAAACAAGGCGUCCGUCAUUUUGACAAUAAUCGGAUUUUAUAGCGGCGGCUGGAGAAGAUGUUAUACAGACAAUGUGCAGGGACCACUUUGGCUUUUUACUUUAUAUACAUGUUUUCACGGCGUGUUGCGGCAGAUAUACCAAGUACGGACGACAUGAAUUCCAAUAUUCAGUUUCUAGAAGGAAUGAACACACGACCCAAUAGCGGCUUGUCCGAAUUACGAGAAACAAUUUCCAGUUUAGAUGAUUACUUAGCCAAUUAUCAGAAGCGUACGUGUCAGUUUGGUUUAAACAGUCAUCAUUGUAAACUAUCAGCAUUGGAUAGCAUUAUGGGUGCUUCGAAUUGGCUGAACAGUGGUCACAGUCCUGGAAAGCGUUCAAAGCCCAUUACCGAUCCACAGCUCCUCGACAAAUAUUCAAAAGUUUUAGAAGAUGUCAGUCGAAAAAGGGAGAAUUUAGCAGUUUUAAGAGGUAUUUUAGAAGACGCUGAGAAUCAUGUUACAUUUAAAAGGACUGGAUCAUGUAUGUUUAAUCUGGGUGGUCGUUGUGCUACAGAACUUGCAUCUGCUAUAGCGGAUCAGUACUAUUAUCUCAAUGGACCAAACAGCCCUGGUAAACGGAAAAGGAGAUCUAUAUUUCCAAUAGCAUAACUGAGGGGCACGCGUCCGAAAAAUCAGUUAUAUAGUGGGAAAUUCUUAUUAAUGCGUUGAUACUUUCUUCAUUCAUUCCUCAUCUUCAAUCCUGAUGUGAUCUUACCUCUUGAACAAUUUGAUUGAACAAUAUUAAGUAUACAACAGGACAGUACAAGUUCAGUGAUAAUGCCUGGAAGUAACCAUAAUACUUUUAGAAAUACGGCUUUAGAACUUGAAAUUGAUAUCUUUUCCGUUUUAUUAUCGAAGAAACUCCAUAGAAAUUGUUAGCGAUUUGUUAACUAAACAAUAAAAUCUGCAUAGUGACUUA